AUGAGGCCACUGCUGCUGCUCGCCUCGAUCGCGGCCGCCUCCGCGCUCGUGGUGGCUCCGUCAUCACGCUGGAGCGCAAAUCCGCCACUCCGCACCGCGCCGGUGCGGAGCCGCCGCUGCUGCAGUGCCGUCUCAAUGCAGUACGACGACGGCACCACGCCGCGGCAGGGCGGGCAGUACGAUGUCUCUGCGCCGCAGUUCGACGUGCUCUCGCUCCGCAGCUUCCGCAGAGACACGAUCCUCCAAUACGAUGCCACCAACCAGAGCGAGCCGCUCCGCAUCGCGCUCUGCCUCCUCGGCAUCCUCUUCAGCCUCUGCGUGCCGACGCUCUUUGAGGGCACCGACGCGGCCACGGUCAACGUGGCGGCCGUCGCGGGCACGGCCAUCUCGGGCACCCUCUUUGUCCGCAACCGCUCCGCCCGCUCCGCCCGCAUGGCCAAGAUUGACAACGAGUAUGCAAUGGGCGACCUGCGCGCCACCUACCGCGGCGUGCGCAGCAGCCGGCUCUCCGAGCUGCGCAACAAGCGGCGCGUCGUCGUCCUCUUUGGGCCGCGCGACAAGAUCCAGCGCCGCGUCGCAGAGGCGCGCGUGUACCGCCGCCGGCUCGUCGCCGCCGACGCUGUCGUCGUCCCCGUCUACACUGACGGCGGCGGCGCGUCUGCCGCCGAUCCGGUUGGCGAGGCCGAGUCGCGCUGGCUCUGGGCGGCGGCGGAGCCGGAGGCGUGGCGGUCCUACUUCGAGGCGCUGCUCGGCGGGCGUGGCCUCAGCCUCGGCGACGAGGGCGCGUGGGUCGGCCUCAACUACAAGGGCCGCUCGUUCGGGUCCGCCAAGGGCGCGCCGCGCUGGGACGAGAUCCUCGGCACCGCGCUCCAGCCCUCGGGCGACGGCUUUGGAGAGCUCGCCGAGGUGAGGGGCGACGCGGCAGAGGCGGCGAGGGAGGCGGCCGCCGCAGCCACGGGCUUUGCCGGCGCUCCCGCGAGCGACGCCGCCGCCGUCAAGGCGGCGGAGGCGGCCGCCGCGUCGGUGCUCGGGGCGCAGCAGGCCUUCUACGCGGCGCUGCUCGGCGGCGACGCGACGGCUGUCGCGGCGCUGUGGACCGCCGAUGGGGACGAGGCCGUCUCGGACGCGGUGGCGUCGGGCGCGCGCGUCGAGCCGUGGGAGGCCGGCUCGAACGCCUUCCCUCCGCCCGGGAUGCGGCCGACUGAUUGCGACGUCCUCGUGCUGGGCGAGGGCGACGCGAUGACGACGGCGAUCGAGCGGCCGGCGGAGGGCGGCACGCUCCUCGCGAGCCAGCGCUGGCGCCGGGUCGACGGGCGGUGGCGCCUCGCCACGCACCGCUACAUCCCGUGGAGCGCCGACGGCGCCACCGCCGUCGCGACGCUGCGCUGCGACCGGCGCGGCUGCGUGCUGCUCGGCCGCGAGAUCAACACGCGCGAGGUGGUGCAGCGCGGCGCGGUGCUGAUGGACAAGUUUGGGUGAGGAGUCAGCUGCGCGCGGGGGCGGGGCAGCGGAUCAGCGCGACCCGCGGUGCAGCGCCUUCGCGCAAGCGGGUGUGGGAGCUGGGAGGCGUACGCAAGAGGGUGUAGGCCCAGUUGCGGCCGCGUCGACUCGAGGAGAGCAGCUCUAGGAGGGUACGGGGUGUACCCUACCAAACUACGUACUACCAUU